GUUCUUGGCGCGGAAACCUACAGGUAGGAACGUUGUGCUAGCCCGUGUAGCCUGUCAGCUGUUGAUUGCGAAGACCUGUCUUGAAAUCUUUAUUCAGACCUUUGUCAGAACUUUAAGACAGUAAUUCUGAGAACGUGCCGAACGAUUACACGCGUUCUAUGUACGCGCAACGUGCCUCGAAGCUGCCGAACGUGGGAACCCGUCAGUCCGUUCUCUCUUCACACGAGCGGCUCACUGGAAAGCUAACCGCGUGUUCUGAAAUUGGUACGUAGAUACUACGAGCCAGCGCAUACAAUGCCACGAGUCACGAGCACGGACGACACCCUCUCGAACGGCAUGAGCGAGCUGAAUAUGUCCCAAGAGUCUGAGAUGAUGGAGUCCGAGUCGCAGGACUGUUUGGGGUCUCAGGAUGCGUCUCAGGACUGUCUGGGGUCCCAGGACGCCUCGAAGGCGCGCCGACUCCGACACGCUUACCGGGCCGUCAUCGACAAACAGCUCAACGAGGCGGAGAACGUGCUUCCCAACGAGGCCCUGCGGAAGGCGAAGAAGCUCUUCGAGGACGUCACUCGCACAACGGAGGCCGUGUUAGACUCGACUCUGGUCAGCCUGGCGGCGUCCCGGGGACGUCAGCUGGUCAACGCGUUGCCGGUCAACCUGCGCAAGUUCGAUCCCGACGAGUUUGCGGCGCGGGUGCGCGACUUUGUGUCCGACACGUCGCAGACCGACCCGCUGACGGAGAAGGCCUGGGCCCAAAUCGGCAAGCUGGCGGGGGGGAACAUGAGAACAAGCCACCCGUUCUGGUACCUGUACGGAUCGGCGGGCGAAGUGCCAGUGAAGACGAGGCAGGCGCCCGUCAGGCGACAGCUACCAGACGGCCCGGACCGGGCGCCGACCGUCCCCAAGCAGGUUCGCUCUGUGGAGCAGACCAACCAAGAGACGACGACCGAACGCGUCAGCGUCAUCCACCAGCUGCUGAGGGACAUUUACAAGGAGAUUAGACGCCCGCUGCCGUACUUCGAGCUGGUGCUGCACCCUCACUCGUUCGCCAAGACGUGCGAGAACAUUUUCCACCUGUCGUUCCUAAUCAACGAGGGUCACGCCCGCAUCAAGCGCGACGCGAACGAGCUGCUCGUGGUGGAGCCCGUGUUCGGGAACACGAACGCCGAGCGCGAGGCCAACAAAAGCGGGGUGUUCGCAAUGACGAUGAACAUGCAGCAGUGGCAACAGGCUGUCAAAGCCUUGAACAUCACCCGCCCUGUGAUUCCGGAUUAGGAGUAUCAGGCGUACGUGUGCAUGUCUUUGCGGUAUGGAACUGUUCUUCUGCAUGCAUUCCUGGUUGCCGGCCUCUCCACUGUUUAGUGGACGUCUUGGAGAAGGGUGACAAACCUUGUAAUGUGAUGCAUGCAUGUGAUAACCAAGAAGCCCACUGGCAUGGAAGACCAUGGCUGUGUCUUUUCUAUGGAGACUUGGAACAAGGCUCACAAGUGCCUGUUCAAUCCUGGCAACUGCACUGUUCAGUGUAAGGAGCUUCAUGUUCACCCUAUGUUCACCUUAGUCUUCGGUGUCUACGAUGUGCUAGAAAAGCUUGCCACAUAUCUCCAGUCAUUGCGUCAACAUUGAGUGCAUGAGGGAAAACAGAGAUAUGGUACAAGCUAUGGGCUGUGCAAGUGCCCAAACUGAAACAGUCUCGUCUACAGCAGCCAUCGACCGACUUGCUGGCUCUCUCUAAGCGUAUGCUGGGGCCUCCCAGAAACUAGAACCAAGUGGUCCCCAGUCCAGCCUGGAGGACAUUGUUGCUGGCAUGCACAAAGAUGGCAGGGAUGCCGGAAAGCGGCCCCGAACAACUUUUCUUGUUUUUGUGAACUCGAAGUUCACAACUUGUUGAGUCUUUAUAUACUUAGCAUGUCCCGAACCUCGCUACAGGGUUCUUGCUUUCUGUCAGCAAAAAGAAAAAAAAAAAGUUACCGUUUCUCAGGUUGCGUUUUCAUAUUCUGCUGAUCUGUUUCAAUGCUGGAUCACACCUCUGUAGUCUCGCUGCAAAAGACCUUCAAAAGAAGACUUACCAAGGCUAAUCUGGCCAAUCACAUCAUGAAUAACCACGGAUUGCUUGGUAUACAUGUGGACAUGGAGUGUGUGCGUUGACACCGUGCUGACAUCAGACUAUACCAAAGGCGCUGGUGUUGUCACCUUUCGGCAACCUGGUCAUUGUUGUACCUUGUAUGGCAGGCCAGAAAUAGAAGGGUGGCUUUUAUCUGUACAUUUCUUUCUAGUCACUGACGGAACUGCGUUUAUCACGAACGUCUCCACUCCCUUUUUGGUAUAGGACAUUGGAUUCAAGAAAAAUUGAGCAAAGUUCCGUGCAACACUUUCUUUGUAUUACACAUUUCUCUGGAAUCUAUGCUAAAAAGGCAAUAGCAACUUGCCCGCCUGUCCUUCCUAUUCCAUUUGCUUGCAGUGUAGCCUCUUACAAUUAGUACAUCAUGUCAUGAGUGUACUUAAGUUAAGCCUCGAGUGCAUUACACAUUGCCUGCAGCUCACGGGAUGUAAUGUAACGAUCGUCGGCCAUGCUGUGUUUUAAAAGUCCUUAUGUAAUUCAAACAUGGCAGCCUUUUAACAUGUUACAUGCGAAACCACAUAUAUUGUGUUAACGCUUUAAAGAGAAAUUAAAUUCAGAUUGGU